UUGAAGUCUCUGACGAAGAAGUGAAAGUAACAACAUGGCGGGAUGCAUGAAAAUGAAGGAAGAGUUUUAUUUGACAAACGUUAGAACAGGAAGCGUCGCGUUUGUUCUUUUGUUUUUCCUUCAUCUUUUAAACCUCACAUUCGCUACACGCAACAUUAUCAACAUUAAAGAUGGACAAGAGGUGAAAUUUCAUGAAGCUGAACACUUUUGUUACAACAACCCGACUCCUGCUCCUGGAUGGAAGGAAACCUGGACCAGGAUCCAAGUGAAAGUAUGGAGCUCCAAGGCGCUGAAGGUGACUGUAGUGAAGGCUGAAGAGGAGCUGGAAGAGCUUGAACAUUUCAGUAUCUGGUCCAUGGUGCAGCACUGGAUCAACGAGCAGACUAACGAGACCAGCGUAAGCAUCAGCCUUUUCAACCACAAGACCUGUUUCCGUGUGGAUCCUUCAGACACCCUGGUGUCCUACACCGUAAAAUCCAGCCGAAGAUUUGACAUCUCCCUGUUUCUGGUGUUUCUGGCUGGAGUCUUUCUGUUCUUCUUUGCGGAUUUGCUCAGCAGGAGUCAGGUGUUCUACUACUCAGCGGGAAUGAGUACAGGCAUGAUCGCUUCCCUCAUCAUCCUCAUUUUCAUCCUAGGACGUUUUUUGCCAAAGAAAAGUCCUUUCUAUUUGCUGUUGGUGGGAGGCUGGUCCUUCUCUUUGUACGUGAUCCAGCUCGUAUUUAAAAACCUGCAGCUCAUCCUUAAAGAGCACUGGCACCUGGCUUUAGGCUACAUCGCAGUCGUGGGGUUCGUCAGCUUCGCCGUGUGUUACCGCCACGGGCCGCUGGUGGAGGAACGCAGUAUAAACAUCUUGUCCUGGACGCUGCAGAUAUUCGGCAUGCUGCUGAUAUACACCGGCAUUCAGGUCCAGCAGGUGGCGCUAGCGAUCAUGGUGGCUGCUUUCUGUGCCAGGAACCUGGAGUACCCAGUGACCAUAGCUUUUACUCUGUACGAGAAGCUGAAGCCCAAGCUGUGCUGGAACCCGGAGCCUCGGCGCCUGCUGACAGAGGAGGAGUACCAAAAACAGGCCGAGGUCGAGACUCAGAAAGCUCUGGAAGAGCUGAGGAAGCAGUGCAGCAGUCCUGACUUUAACACCUGGAAAACUGUGUCCAGACUGCAGUCUCCCAAGAGGUUUGCCGACUUCAUCGAGGGCUCUCCGCAUCUGAUGCCCAAUGAAGUCUCGGUGCACGCUCAGGAAUACGGUUUCGGCAGCUCGCUGUUCGAGGACGAGCUCUUCGCCACGGACGAGGAAGACGAAGGAGAAGCGUGGGAGACCGAGGAAGACGAGAAACCGAACGUGUCGUCGCCGUGGAGAAACGCAGGGAGAAAGAACUGAGGUGAGGAAAUAAACCUGCAGGGCGGAAAAGAGCUCCUGACUCCGUAGCAACAACCUGAAUGUGAACAUGAAGAAGCAAAGCCAUAUGUGAGGUAGGAGCCAGGAAUGACGAGCUCCUGAUUGUACACCAGCACAGAGACCUUUCAGCUGUAACAGUUAAUCAGGACGACCAGUGGAUGUUUUCCUACAUAAAGGUUACAGAUAAGCUCGUGUUAAAAAUAAAUCCGAGCCAUCGUUAUGCUUGAAGAGGAUCUGAGAUCUUUUUUUUGCAGGUUGAUGACAUUGUAGCGUGUGCAACACACACACAAACACACACUUCCUGUUUUUUUUGUUUGUUUUUUAAAUUAUGUAUUCUUCUGAAUUGUUUUUUUAACACAAUGUUGUU